AGAGAGGGGAGUGAAUGAGCGAGCGCGUCCAUUACCCCCUCCUUUGCUUAGGUAGCGCGACGAGUAUGAAAGAAGAGCAGCCCGACCCGGACCCGCUCCUCUUUCCCGUUCGUUCCCCUCCUUGAUUAGCUAGCAUUCAUGACUUUGCAUUACCCGCAUAAGACAGCUAUUCUAAAUCUACCUGACGGACACAGACGAUCUUCAUCAGCACCAAGCGAAUCCGAGGACUACUGGCAGAUUAUAAAGUCUGAUUCCGUAUCCGGACAUCUCGAGUAUUACGAUAACUACCCCCACAUGCCGCGUCCCCAGCGACCUGCCGUCCCUGCGCAAUCCACCGUAACCGCCGCACCCAACGACACCCGUAUUACUAUAACGUCCACGGACGCGCCUGCCCCGCGUCCAUCUCUCCAUACACAUAGCGCCCAACCACCUACCAAACAGAACCAUCAAGACAACAUGCCUUCAGUAGCUACACUCGACGAGCCCAUGGUCGGUGGACCGGGCAACGCAUACGACUUCCCUACAUCCCGCAAUGGCCCCGCAACCUUCAUUACGCUCAAGCCGGUCGCGCCUCCCUCUGCCCUCGGACUGGCAUCCUACGCCAGCGCCGUGUUCGUCACCGGCACUUGGCUCGCUGCCUGGUAUGGAGACAAUACAACUCCGUUCAUGCUGUGGCCGUUCAUCCUCUGCUUUGGCGGCUUCGGCCAGUUCGGAGCUGGGAUGUGGUCGUUUAACGCUCGUGAUACCCUUGCCACCGUGUUCCAUACUAUGUGGGGCUCGUUUUGGAUCGCCAUCUCGCUCUACCUAGCCUUCAUCCACCCUCAAGUGGAUCCUGCGCUCGCUGACGGACGCUACGAGUACAACGAUGCGUGGGCCAUCUGGAUGGUCCCCCUCAGCGCUAUCACCUACGUUUUAACUGCUGCAGCUCUGUUCCGCGAUCUUGUGUGGGCUGGUACCCUUUUCACCCUCGCGACCGGCGCCUUGUUCGGAGUCCUCGGUUGGUUUAUCCACGAGCCCGCCCUCGUCAAACUCACCGGGUACCUCUGGAUCGCAUCCUCCCUCUUCGCCUUGUACCGCGUCGCCCUCUUCCUCUUCCACGAGGCCGUCCCUCAACGCGACCUCCUCCCCCGCUUUGACCACCGCACUCGUCGUCGCGACGGUGCCAACAACCCCCACGCUGGUUAUAACAACCCCAAGGAUGCCAAUCUCUACAACCACGGCUACGGCGAGCCCGGUGUUGUUGCCAACGGUUGGCACAAUUAGGACCGCCGCCUUCGUCGGCAGGACCUAGUAUCGUCGGAUACAUCAUCAUGUAGUUGUCAUUGUAUGCUUGUUAUGAAUCUGCGGGGGUGAGGGGGGGGGACAUUUGUUUUUUGGAUUGCGCACAUUUUCUUUUGGCCUUGAUUCGAUUUUGGGGGCAGUAUGUGACUUUGAGUUGUAUGGUAUGAUUAUGUUUGGGAAUACAUUUGACAACUCAUCAAGAACAU